AUGGCGGAACUGGUCUGUGGGAAUGCUUUUCGGGACUACACUUUUCGUCCUUAUUUAGCAACAAAUGAAGACAAAGUAGAUCUUAAUUUGCAGCCCACAGUCUCCUGCAUUGUAUUCAGGGUGAGUUUACUAAUAGGCAGUCUGAUGACAGAGUAUAUAAAAUUUCCCAGGGAUCCGGACAAUUCCACUCAAAAUCGCCAGUUAUUCAAUAAUCUGGGACAGGGAAACGGAGCUAUUGGUUUACCAGGUGUGGAUGGCGCUAUUUAUUGCACCCGCAUUAGAUUAACAGCAUCCAGGUUCAACAACAUGGAAGAAAUGUACAGAAAUAGAAAAGGAUAUUUUUCAUUGAAUGUUCAGGUACAAUGAAAUCCAGAUCAGGACCCGAUAGAUAGUAGAAAGAACGUUCGGUGUUUGGAAGCACCGUUUCCCAUGUCUUACAAGGGGUUUAAUAACGAAGUUCUUAUGUUCCAUAACAACGGUAGUUGCAUGUGCUGUGUUGCAUAAUUUAGCCCUAAUUUUCAAUGACAUUCGUGUAGAAGAAGAUGAAAUUGAAAACCAAAAUGCAGAUGGAGACGAAUUAUUAGGAAACGUGGAAAAUGUUAAUGGCAUUGAUGGAUUUGCUACACGUGAAGCACUCAU